GUAUGGCUUCCCAACGAUCUGACGCCCAUAAUCAAGUCCAUUAAUAAGAGGAUCGAGUUCGUGACUGGACUGAGUAUGGAGGAGAGUGAGGAAUUGCAGGUGGCCAAUUACGGUCUCGGGGGCCACUACGCUCCCCACUUCGAUCAUGCACGCGUAAGUGAUGGCCUCUGGAUAUUUAAGACAUAA